CUCAACGACCCGCCCAUCCGCCGCUUCUCCCACAGCCUGGUCAGGUGUUGGCUGUUCCCACACCGUAAACUUUGCAUUUUGAUACAUUAAGCAUCGUCUUUGUCGGGACAAACCCACCACAGGACAUGUUCAGAAGGAUACUACAAAUGACUCCUGGGAAAGGAGGCUCUCAGAAUGCAGAGUCAGAGAAGCCCAGCACCGACCUCAACCACGACCAGACUUCAGAGGGCUUCAUCUGUCCUCAGUGCAUGAAGUCUCACAACUCUGCGGACGAGCUCUUCAAGCACUAUGAGCUGUUCCAUGACACGGGAGACCUGCCUGCUCACGUAGCGCCCACCCGUGAAGACCUAACAAUGUUGCGGCAGGAGGUCCAGGACCUCCACGCUUCUCUUAAGGAGGAGCGAUGGUUCUCUGGAGAACUAAAGAAAGAGUUAGACAAAGUACAAGGACACCUGAAGCAAACAGACGGACAGAUGGGAGCAGAGGAUUCAGCUCUUGAAAGGAAGCUGGUGGAAGCUGAGACAGAAAAGUUCAACAUUAAGCAGAUGAAAGACCUGUUUGAGCAGAAGGCUGCGCAGCUGGCCACAGAGAUAGUAGAUCUGAAGUCCCGUUAUGAUGAGGAGAGAAGUCUGAGGGAGGCUGCUGAUCAGAGGGUUUCCAGUUUGAACGAACAGCUGCAGAAGGAGAAGCAGGAGAAUGAGAGACUUCAAACAGAACUGCUGCAGCGGCCGGGAGUGGAGGACGUGGAGGUUCUGCAGAAGGAGCUGGUACAGGUGCAGACACUCAUGGACCGUAUGACCCGUGAGAGGGAGGAGGAGUCCGAGCGCCUUAAAAAUCACUACAUGGAGCUGCAGGCCAACUACACUACCUCAGAGAUUCAAAAACUGGAGAUGACCAUAUCCCAACUAAAAGCCGAGCUGGAGAAGGGUCCACAGGAAGCCGCUGUCUACACACAACAGAUCCACGAGCUGCAGGGCAACCUCAAUAAUUUACAGCAACAAUGUCAGAGCCUCUCUGAAAAGCUUGUGCGUAAGGAGAAGGAGCACCAGGAGCUAGAGGAGCACCUGGGAGCAGAGAAAGCUGCCAAGAAGGGAGUACAGGACAGCCUGAGGGAGAAGGAGUCAGAGGUGCAGGAGCUGCAGGCUAGAGCCUCGGGGGCCGAAACGUCCCUUCACAAGGCCCAGACCGAGCUGGCGGAGAGGGCGGAGGAGGUGUCCAAGCUGAAGGCUGAGCUGGCAGAGCUGGAGGUGAAGCACGCAGAGCUGAAGGUGGAGAGGAAGCAGCUUGAACAUCAAAGAGAGGAAAAAGAAAGCCAAGGUGCCCAGCAGCAGACGGAGAUCAGUCAGCUGCACACCAAGCUGCUGGAGGCUGAGAGGCAGGUGGGCGAGCUGCAGGGUCGUCUGAAGGAGCAGAGGCAGCUGUCUGGAGAGAAACUAAAGGACAAAGAGCAGCAAGCAGCUGACCUCCAGCUCAAACUAUCCCGCACAGAAGAGCAGCUGAAGGAGAGCUCCAGUAAGAACUCGGAGCUACAGCACCAGUUAGAGAAAGCCAAGCAGCAGCACCAGGAGCUGCAGGCGCUGCAGCAGAACACCAACGGCAAACUGAGGGAGGCGCAGAAUGACCUGGAGCAGGUGCUGCGUCAGAUUGGAGAUAAAGACCAGAAGAUCCAGAACCUGGAGGCUCUACUUCAGAAAAGUAAAGACAUUGUGAGCCAGCUGGAAGCUGAGAGGGAGGACCUGUGUGCCAAGAUCCAGGCUGGGGAGGGAGAGACGGCUGUGCUUAACCAGCUCAAAGAGAAGAACCAUGCUCUGCAUGAACAGGUCGCACAGUUGACCGACAAGCUGAAGAACCAAUCAGAGAGCAACAAGCAGGCCCAGGAUAACCUUCACAAACAGGUCCAAGAGCAGAAGACUCAGCUGCGCUCAGCGCAGGACAGAGCUCACACCCUGGAGACGUCAGUCAGCGAGCUCAGCGCUCAGCUCGCCGACAGCAAGGAGAAAGUUUCCCAGCUGGACGCGCAGCUUAAGGCCAAAACAGAGUUGCUUCUGUCUUCAGAGGCCUCCAAAGCUGCACAGAAGGCCGACCUGGAGAACAGCCUGGAGGCUUCCCAGCAUGCACUGCAGGACAAACAGCAGGAACUGCAAAAAGCUCAGAAGAAGGUUGAGGAGCAGAACCAGAAGCUCAGAGAGAGACAGGAGCUGUUCGCUCAGCUGGAAACCAAUCUGAAAGAAUGUAAGGACAAACUGCUGGCCUCAGAGCAGCGGGUGGAGCAGCUGGAGGGGCUCACUAAGAAACUGGAAUCACAGGUGGUGGAGGUCCAGACUGCAAAAGAUCAGCUGCAGCAGGAGGUGCAGAAGCUGCAGAAGGAGAGUUCAGAGGUUAAACGGAAAGCAAAGGAGCUGCAACGCUCGCUGGAAACGGAGAAAGAAGGUGCUAAGAAUCUGCAUGAGGAGGUGCAGAAAAAAGCUGCUGCUCUGACUGGUGUGCAGCAGCAGCUGGAGCGCUGCGAGCAGGAAAUGGCUGCUCUGAGGGAGAACUUGGACAAGGUGACCCGGGAGGGAAAGACUCAGCAAGCAGAACUGGACAGGAAGGCUCAGAGUCUGACUGCAGAGCUGCAGAAAACCCAACAGGAGAAAGAAGCGCAAAGGAAAGAGCUCUUAACUACUCAGGAGAACCUUCAAAAGGCUAAUAAGGCUCUGAAAGAGUGUCAAAACCAGCUGGAGACUGAGAGGAAGAACCAUAAAUCAGCAAUGGCGGAGAAGGAAAAGUCUCACGAAAAGGCAAAAAAGGAGCUUCUAAAAACAAACGAGGCCAUCACAAAGAAAAUGAAUGAAUCGACGGAGCAGCUGGGGCGAACGAAAGAGGCGGAGCAAACGUUGAAAGCACAGCUGGCAUCAUUAGAGCAGCAGCAUUUGAAGACUCAGGGGGCGCUGAAGGAAAAGGAGGCUCAGAUGGAUGGGCUGCAGGAUCAGCUGAAAACUGUCCAGAGCUCCUUAGAGGAGGAGCUGAAGAAACUGAAGGACCAAGCGGCUCAGCUGCAGGAAGCAGGUGUCAAGAAGGCGGAGGAGGAGAGUAAACUAAAGGCUCAGGUAUCAGAGCUCAGCCAGGAUCUGUCCUCUGAGAGGAGCCGGGCGAAGGAGUUGCAGAAGGUUGUGGAGCAAAGCCAGGAAAACCUUAAAAAGCUGCAGUCCGACUUCUACGGCAAAGAGUCCGAGGCGUCGGCUCUGCGUCAGGACCUGAAGACCUCACAGGAGAAACUGAGCGAGGCCCAGGAGGAGCUCGCUGCCAACCGAACCCAUCAGACGGGUUUAGAGACUCAGAUUCAGGAGCUGAAGGAGGCCCGGUCAGCACUGGAGCAGGAACUCCUCCAACGGCAUCAGGAGCUCCAGCAGCAACAGCAAAGUCUGAGGGGGCUGCAGAAGCAAGAGGAGCAAGUUAGAGAGGAACUGCUGAAGGAAAGAAGCAAGGUGGAGGAGCUGAGCAAAACCAAGGAGGAGCUGGGAAAAAACAACAUUAAACUAAGUUCAGAGCUGAAAACACUGGCAGAGAAAAGUGAGAAGGAGCUGGGCGAGUUGCAGGAAGCCAAGCAGCUUCUGAUCCAGCAGAAACUGGAGCUGCAGAGUCAGGUGGAGGCAGCGCAGGGAGCACUCAAGGAGGAGCAGAAGGAGCACCAAGCCACCAGGGACAGCAGGAGCAAACGAGAGGAGCAGCUCCUCGCCCAGACGAAACAAGUCCAGGAUCAACUCGGAGCGGAGAGGAGAGCCAGAGAGGAGCAGGUGAAGCGUGGGGAGGAGGCUGAGGCUAAGCUGAGCAUUCAAGUCACUGCCCUGAAUGAAAACGUGGCCACGCUGAAGAGGGAGUGGCAGAGCAGCCAGCGCCGAGUCAGCGAACUGGAGAAGCAGACGGAUGAGCUGAGAGGGGAGAUUGCUGUGCUAGAAGCAACCGUCCAAAACAACCAGGAUGAACGGCGGGCUCUGCUGGAGAGGUGUGUUGCAGGCGAAGGUGAGAUAGAGAAGCUGCAGGCCAAAGUGGUGGAGCUCCGCAGGAAACUGGACGACACCACAGCAGCCAUGCAGGAGCUCGGCAGGGAGAACCAGUCGCUGCAGAUUAAACAGUCACAAAGUCUGACCAGGAAGUGGGCAGAGGACCACGAAGUUCAGAACUGCAUGGCCUGUGGGAAAGGCUUCAGCGUCACAGUCCGAAAGCAUCACUGUCGACACUGUGGUAACAUCUUCUGCGCCGAGUGUUCAGCGAAGAGCGCCCUCACGCCGUCUUCUAAGAAGCCUGUACGGGUCUGCGAAACGUGCUUCGAGGAGCUCCAAGGCUGAUUUAUUUAUUUCUUUUCCGUGUUUUCCUGCCCCUUAACUCCUUCCCUUUGAAUCCUGUCUAUUCCCUGCCAGCAGAAGACGGCUCGUCUUUAUCAUUUUUUGAUGUGCACUAAUGAAAAACAGAUUCCCCUCCCGCUGCAUAGGCCUCCUGGCCCUAAUGUGGAGGGAUUGACUGAAGAGAUGCUGCUGGGAUGCAGUGGCAGAGACCGUCUGUAUCUGUUUUUGUGCCUUUUGCUACUCCUUUGGACUGCCAGAGAGCGGAGUCUGUGAUGAGGAAGCCUGCUCAUCAUGUUCAUGUUCACGUCUCCAUCAGUGUUGGUGCAUCAGCAGCAGUUGUGAUAUAGCUGCUUUGAUCUUGGUUCAUGUUUUGCUGGUGUCACCAGUGACCGCUCAGUGCAGUUCUGCCAUGCAAAGGUAAAAGCAGGCAACGUUUCUAAUGGUUUGUGUUUAAUCAUAGAAUCUUGAAUUAAAACAAAUAACUCUUAAACCGAUGCUUAUAAAUAAAGAGUUUAACCUAAAUAAAACGCUAAUUUUCUAUAAUUUAUCACUUAACCAACAAACAAUAUGUGGGUUCUUAAAGUUGCCAAUUUGACACCAGAAUCUUUGUAAAGAUGCACUGAUCAGGCUUUUCUGGCCAAUAAUCUACUCUAUUUUUUUCCUUUUAAUAUCUGAGCUGCUUAUAUUGAUUUUAAGAAUUAAUUUUUUCCCUCUG